AUGAACAACGUGCCACAUACCAAUUUUGUGCUGGGGAACGCUCAGAUCGUGGACUGGCCCAUCGUCUACAGCAAUGAUGGCUUCUGUAAACUGUCAGGGUACCAUCGAGCCGAGGUCAUGCAGAAAAGCAGCACCUGCAGCUUCAUGUACGGAGAGCUGACCGACAAGGAGACGACUGAUAAGGUUCGACAGACUUUCGAGAACUACGAGAUGAACUCAUUUGAGAUUCUGAUGUACAAGAAAAAUCGGAUGCCGGUUUGGUUUUUCGUAAAGAUCGCUCCAAUCAGGAAUGAGCAGGACAAAGUUGUCCUGUUUCUCUGCACCUUCAGUGACAUCACUGCCUUCAAGCAGCCAAUUGAGGACGAGACUUCCAAAGGGUGGAGUAAAUUUGCCCGCCUGACCCGAGCGUUAACCAGCAGUCGAGGAGUUCUUCAGCAGCUCGCUCCAGCGGUCCAUAAAGGGGAAAACGUCCACAAACACUCGAGACUGGCAGAGGUUCUGCAGCUGGGUUCGGACAUCUUGCCUCAGUACAAACAGGAAACCCCGAAAACGCCGCCACACAUCAUCCUGCACUACUGCCUCUUCAAGACCACGUGGGACUGGGUCAUUCUCAUCCUCACCUUCUACACCGCCAUCAUGGUUCCCUACAACGUCUCCUUCAAGACCAAGCAGAGCAACGUCACCUGGCUGGUGGUCGACAGCAUCGUGGACAUCAUCUUCCUUGUCGACAUUGUCCUCAACUUCCACACCACCUUCGUUGGCCCGGCCGGAGAGGUCAUCUCUGACCCGAAACUCAUCCGCAUGAACUAUGUCAAGACCUGGUUUGUCAUCGACCUGCUGUCCUGCCUGCCUUACGAUGUCAUCAACGCCUUUGAGAACGUUGACGAGGGAAUCAGCAGUCUCUUCAGCUCUCUCAAAGUGGUCCGCCUGCUGCGUUUGGGCCGGGUCGCCAGGAAGCUGGACCACUACAUCGAGUAUGGUGCUGCUGUGCUGGUUUUGCUUGUGUGUGUGUUUGGCCUGGCGGCCCAUUGGCUGGCCUGUAUCUGGUACAGUAUCGGAGACUACGAGGUGAUCGACGAGGACAGCAACACGGUGAGGAAUCACAGCUGGCUGUACCUACUGGGAGACACGGUGGGGACGCCGUACAGGUUCAACCACUCGGGCUCGGGCCGCUGGGAGGGCGGGCCCAGUAACAACUCAGUCUACUCGGUCUACAUCACCUCGCUGUACUUCACCAUGACCAGUCUGACCAGCAUCGGCUUCGGAAACAUCGCUCCAAACACAGACGGAGAGAAGAUCUUCGCUGUGGCCAUGAUGAUGAUCGGCUCGCUGCUCUACGCCACCAUCUUCGGUAACGUUACCACCAUCUUCCAGCAGAUGUACGCCAACACCAACCGCUACCAUGAGAUGCUCAACAGUGUGAGGGACUUCCUCAAACUCUACCAGGUCCCCAAAGGCCUCAGCGAGCGCGUGAUGGACUACAUCGUGUCCACCUGGUCCAUGUCCAGGGGCAUUGACACCGACAAGGUGCUGCAGAUCUGUCCCAAGGACAUGCGAGCAGACAUCUGCGUCCACCUCAACAGGAAGGUGUUUAAGGAGCACCCGGCGUUUCGGCUAGCCAGCGACGGCUGCCUGCGAGCCCUUGCCAUGGAGUUCCAGACUGUCCACAGUGCACCAGGCGACCUCAUCUACCACUCCGGGGAAAGCGUGGACAGCCUCUGCUUCGUGGUGUCGGGGUCACUGGAGGUCAUCCAGGACGACGAGGUGGUGGCCAUUUUAGGUAAAGGUGACGUGUUCGGUGAUGUAUUCUGGAAGGAGAUGACGCUGGCUCAGUCCUGCGCCAACGUCCGUGCGCUGACCUACUGCGACCUCCACAUCAUCAAACGAGACGCGCUGCAGAAGGUCCUGGAGUUUUACGCCAACUUCGCCAACCACUUUGCCAGAAACCUGGUGCUCACCUACAACCUGAGGAAGAGGAUCAUCUUCCGAAAGAUCAGUGAUGUGAAACGUGAGGAGGAGGAGAUGCUGAAGAGAAAGAAUGAGGCUCCUCUGAACCUACCUCCUGACCACCCAGUCCGACGACUUUUUCAGCGUUUCCGACAGCAGAGGGAGGCCCGACUCGCCGCUGAGCGCCUCAGUCAGGCAGCUGUUGACGUGGAGAAAGGUGUCGUUUACAUGGAGCCACCCAGAGGCCCCGAGGUCCUGGCCUCCACCAGUAUUGUCAUGAUAGCCGAGAACCCAGCCACACCCACCACAUCCACUUCUGUCAGGACCUCCAGCCGAGUCAUUCUGCAUGCUCCCGCCACCGAAAAUGGCAAUCUGACCAGCUGUAAAUCUGCUGAGCCGCCCAAAGGUAAAGGCUGGGGACGAUUCAAGGACUCAGUUGUGAAAGCUGAGUCAUGGAGCAGCGUCUCCAAGGCUGAGUCCAUGGAGACGCUGCCUGAUAGAACUAAGUCUCAGGACGAAACAUCCCUCAAGAAGACUGACUCCUGCGACAGUGGCAUCACAAAGAGCGACCUGCGUUUAGACAAUGUUGGUGAGGCUAGAACGCCACAGGAGAGGAGUCCAGUCCAGUCUGAUGAGAGGAGGGUCUUCUGUCCAAUACCGGAGCAGAGCAUGCAAGCUUCUUUCCUUGAGCUGAAGCAAGAAUUAAAAGGAGACAUCAGUUCUCUGAACAGUCGCAUGGCGGCGCUAGAGGGCCUGUUAGCUGAGAUGCUACAACUUCUCAAAUCCAGGAAGUCGUCGGGCUCCUUCUUUGAAAUCUCGCGGCCACCUUCCCCUGACUCUGACAAGGACAGCUUCUCUUAAACUGGGCCUGGAGUCAGUUCUCAGGAAUUGAGCCAGCCCCUAGAUAUCUGAGGGGAACUUCUGACUGCAGUGUGAAGCUGGCCUGAUGACCGGCGAUGGUGAUAUCAAAAGCACUUUGUUACGUUUGUAGCAUCACUCUGCUGUUUGAGACGUUAAAAGCUGAAACAAGGAUUUUAGAAACGGUCAUGAGUCACAGCGGCAUCUUCAGUCCUCAGGAGAGUUUGGAGUCCUCAGACCUUCAUAUGAUAUCGGCAAUAAUAACAAAUGGCUUUAACAUUGUUGUUUUAAACAGGAUUUUGGCACUGUGAAGACAGAAACCAUGUUCUACAGGGUGGCUUAGGUCCAGUCUUGUGAAGACUUGUCCACAAAGUAGCUUUAGCUUUUCAGAGCUUCCAGAUACUGAAGAGUCUGCUCUGUCAAUCAAUAGAGGGCUUACACGCUUUACAAUGACAGGGGUGCCUUGGUUUUACUCAAGUGGCUGGAUGGAGGCAUUUAAUACGGUGUUGACGAACAAAAGUCAGGGUGAAUGUUAACGUGCUCUAAGGUAAACUUGUGAGAUAUGAGCUCCUGGUGUCUACAGUCCAUGAGGAUAACUACAGUGUAGAAAAGCUCAGAGGCCAGUUUGACAAGCAUCCUCCAAAAGUUUACAGCCAACAAAAGGACGACGGUGUCACUAGUUCCACAUGCAGCAGGUUUCUGGGUAGCGACUAUUUAAGAACUGAGAGGCAACGCUCUGUAGCUGGUGGUUAAAAGCAUGAGUCAAAAGACUUUCAGUCAAAGCAUGAGGCUCUGAAUGCCUCAGAGAACAUUGUGAAGUAGCUGACAGUCGGCGGUUUGAUUCUAUGAGACGGUUUUUGGGGUUUAUUGCAGAGAAGAAUGUCACCACCUUCAUGCAGGCUAAACACUGUGUACGGACUUCAGUGAGAGUCUUAUUUAUUCAUAUCAGUGUUUUUAUAUCCAGUGUCAAAUAUUUAAUGCAGCACGGUGAUAUGAGGCCCUAAACAUUUCAAAUGUUGAUGUGUAACUCCAGCGAUUACUGUGGCUGGACACUGGCUUCAUCUAAAAGUUUUUGUUUUGCAUGUUUCUGCAGAUCUAAGUGGAGCUCAUGUUUAAAGGCACUUUGUCGAAUGUCUUAUCGGACACUAGUGAGACUAGUGGGGCUCAAAACAAACUCACACCAAAAAUUUGUCCUUGCUGCUCGUCUUCUUCUUGUUUUACUGUGGCCAAAACAGGUUAGCUUUAGAUGCUAACACAUCUGGAAGGAAGAACAUCACAUAUGAGUCCAGUCCUCGCUGCUUUUAACCCUCAAUGUCAGACUGUGGGGAAAAUAUUAGUUAAUGAAGCUGUAACAUCUCCAAAUUUAAACACAACAGGCUAAAUGUUUCCACCUGGUAUUAACCUGUGUUCUGUACCAGGAUAAUCUACUGUAGUUUCCGUUUACACCUGGUACUUCUAAGCAUUCUCCGAAUGUUUAAGCUGCGACUCCAGGUUUUUGGUUCAGAUGCUCACAGAAAGAAACUUACUCCCUGAACUAUCCCUGCUGCGUUUAAAUGCAAAUGUAAAGGAAACCAGGUUGAUAAUAUGAAGUAUAUCCCAAUUUGUAAAAUAAAAUGUUAUGUUUUGCAGAGUCUAGUCUGCAAAACAGCAAAGGAAAAGGAACCGGAUCACAACUAAAAACUUUAAGACAUCACGACACAUUUGAUGUUUUAUUCUGGCUAAUCUGAGGAAAUGUAAAACGCAUCUAAAACAUAAAUGAUAAUAUGAGAUGUACGUUCAUCUUGACUUUGGUAUCUCGUGUAUCCUGUGUAGGUGUGAUAGUAUAUCGUCAUAAUUUGAGAUUAUUGUCGUGUAUGUUUAUACUGAGAGGCUGGUUGUUGUUUGUGGUACUUUGUGUAUCUCGCACUGUCCACAAGCAG